ACAGGAGGAACCCGCGGGAGACGAGCCCCGAACCCCCAGCGCCGCAGCAGCCGCAGCCGGUGCGCCCCGCGCCCCGCGCCCCCGUGCGCCAUGGCCAAGGAAGGCGCGGAGAAGGCAGAGGAGACCGAGCAAAUGAUCGAGAAGGAGGCGUGCAAGGAGCCGGCCGAGGGCGGCGGCGGCUCUCACCGCCUCGGGGACGCCCAGGAGAUGCGGACCGUGGUGCUGGCCGGCUUUGGGGGGCUCAACAAGCUGCGGGUCUCCAGGAAGGCCAUGCCCGAGCCACAGGACGGCGAACUCAAGAUCCGCGUCAAAGCCUGUGGCCUAAACUUCAUUGACUUGAUGGUGCGACAAGGGAAUAUCGACAACCCACCCAAGACGCCCCUGGUGCCGGGCUUUGAGUGUUCUGGGAUUGUUGAAGCUCUGGGGGACAGCGUGAAAGGAUACGAGAUUGGGGACCGUGUUAUGGCAUUUGUCAAUUACAACGCGUGGGCAGAGGUGGUUUGCACACCCAUGGAGUUUGUCUACAAGAUCCCAGAUGACAUGAGCUUCUCCGAGGCUGCUGCAUUUCCCAUGAACUUCGUCACAGCCUACAUGAUGCUCUUUGAAGUCGCCAAUCUCCGAGAAGGGAUGUCUGUGCUGGUGCAUUCGGCUGGUGGAGGCGUGGGCCAAGCUGUGGCUCAGCUGUGUUCUACCAUCCCCAAUGUGACUGUCUUUGGGACAGCUUCUACUUUCAAACAUGAAGCAAUCAAAGACUCUGUGACCCACCUCUUUGAUCGAAAUGCAGACUAUGUGCAAGAAGUGAAAAGAAUCUCUGCUGAAGGAGUGGACAUCGUUUUGGAUUGCCUCUGUGGGGAAAACACUGGGAAAGGUCUCAGCCUUCUCAAACCCCUGGGAACCUACAUUUUGUAUGGUUCAUCCAACAUGGUGACUGGAGAGACCAAGAGCUUCUUUAGCUUUGCAAAAUCCUGGUGGCAGGUGGAGAAAGUGAACCCCAUCAAGCUGUAUGAAGAGAACAAAGUCAUUGCGGGGUUUUCCCUUUUGAACCUGCUCUUCAAACAGGGCCGCGCAGGCCUCAUUCGAGGAGUGGUGGACAGACUCCUGGGUCUCUACAACCAGAAGAAGAUCAGACCCGUGGUGGACUCCCUCUGGGCCCUGGAAGAGGUGAAAGAGGCCAUGCAGCGGAUUCACGACCGAGGGAACAUUGGCAAAUUGAUUCUGGAUGUAGAAAAGACCCCAACUCCACUGAUGGCCAACGACAGCACAGAGACCAGUGAGGCGGGAGAAGAGGAGGAAGACCAUGAGGGUGACAGCGAGAACAAGGAGCGGAUACCCUUCAUCCAGUAAGCCCUGGCCCGGCAGGAGAAUGUAAAGGAUAGCUGGGAAGAAGAGCGGCCGGCUGAGGAAGCUCUCCUGUGCCCCCAUGAACAGAUGCUGUAGUCCAGUGUGUGUCGUGUUUGUCUGCAGUCAGCUGAGCUACAAAGCUGUUGAUCACUGUUGUUUUUUGAAAUUAAGUGCCAAUCCCAUUCCAUGCAGUAUUAUGUUUCUCCCCGUUCUGUGGUUCCUCCUCCCCUAUUUCAAAAACAUCCCUUUUUGGGUCCUCCCCAACAGUUCUAGAACAUCCUUGCAAAUUAAUGCAAACCCACAGGUCCAAAACCUAUGAGACCAUUCAUGGGCGAAAACCAGUUUGGAUUGAGAGGUGAGGUCGCUCUGAACAGGUCCUAGAAUUCUUCCAGCCAGGGACACUUUUUGCUGCCAGCCACCCAUACUUGACAGGAGAGCUUGCCAAUUGGGCUGGCAGAGGAGGGUAAGCCAGGAGAUGUUUUCCUACACAUUUUGGAUCUCUCCAAGUAGUACUUCCCCUCGCCCCAUUUAAGAGGCCGCUGUUCUCCUGUCAAAAGGUCAAACCACUCCCCUUUGCCUCUCUGAUGUUUGAGCCUUUCACUGAUUCUCAUUCAUAAACAUGGGGAAAGGAUGUGGAGUUUUGAGGCUAGAAGAUGGGUCAGCAUGAGUUUUCUCUGACACCAUGUCUCAUGAGAAACCCCCACACCCCAUGCCAUAUGUAUUUAAGAAAACUCCAUGUGUGGGGCAAUUUCAGAAGUCAUGACUGAGAUGCACCUAUGUUUGCACACUUGCCUUUGGAUCCACCAAUUUUGUUAUUUUCAUGGCCUGGGCCUAAGGGGCUCAUUUUCCUGUGGAUUGCCCUAAGGAAGACCUCCUUGGAGACCACAGUGGGGAAAAAAAAUCAAUGAGUAUCUUUUUUCUUGCCAAAGCAUGUUCUACCAGGUGACAAGCUCUAGUGAUACAAGGGUUGAUGUCCUGUAUCUGAUGCCAAAUGAAACACAACAUGAUGGUACAGAUUCUUUGCAGGGUCCCUGCUCUUUGGAAAUCAGGGAUCAGACUACUUGACUGAACACCUUUGUCCAACUUUUCUAGCUCCUGAACUCCUGAGAAGCCUCACCCCACCCCCACCCUACUUGACCUGGCUUAGAAAGAGUUCCCUGCAGGAGAUGGCGGAGACCCCAGGGCUCCACAAGGGGGCUCCUCAUUCUCUCCCCCAGUCCUGUUGGCCCAAAGGGUUGACCCCAUCACUCACAAACCAAGCUGGAGACUAGAGGGACACAAAUGAUCAGCACCCCAACUCACUUUAUAUUCUGAAAGACAUCAGAGGGUCCACAUGGCCCAAUCUCUCCACCAAUGAGCCUUAGCGUAGACCCAGCUCCUCCCCCAAGUGAUGGGAAUGAAUGCCUUUCAGCAAUGACCUGACCAAUUUCCAGAGUCCCUUUUAACAAAUGUCACCUCCUUAAUCAUGUUCUUUUCUCCUAUCCUGAGCUUGUGAUGAUGAAUUAUUUAUGCCACACAUAUAUCUAUAUAUAUGAAGGGAGUUUCUCCUCAUUGUGAAUGUACAUGUAAAAUAUGAAGAUGAGACAGGAUGCUGCCAUCAGAUGAGCAAGGAGAUGAGUGUAUCUUAAAAGAGACACCAACAUCAUCUUCUUUUCCUACUCCAGGACUCGCUAACAUUCCAGUUCUAGGCCAUUUAGAGAUAACACAGGGGUUUUUUAUGCUCCCCCCACCCCACAUGCACACACAUACUUCUGCUGUUAUUACUGGUGAUGAUAAUCUUCCCAUAACCAGGAACAGUGGAGUCUUAAGAACUAAUACUCAAGUGACAGUCCUGGUGGGUGGGACACAAAUGGCAUUUUCUAGAGCUGGGAAGCAAACGGGCCAUGUCAGGGCUCUCCCCAACCAGCAAGUGGGAAUUCUAUGUUCAGAACCCAAAUGGGCUUUCUUAUGUCUAGAAGAGGUGCAUGAAAAGUCAUUUUCUCCCCAAAUCUGGUUUUUCAACCAGCCAAACUGAUGCUAAAAUCACCAAUGAUGCCACCUGGUGAAAGAAAACCCUUUGGUCUCCUCAGAAUACAGGAGAAAAACUAGAGUUUGGCCAAUGAGAUCCAUCUAUGCCAUAAAAAAUAGGAAAAAAAAUAGAAUAUCAAAAUUAACCAUUUAAUGCACUCUCAUUUCUAGCACUUUCUUUCCCAUCAUGUGGUUGUUUUCCUGGAGGAAGUAUAAAGAAAAGAAAGGCCUCAGUUUGCCUUAAAGGAACUGUGAAGGCUUCUCUGUAAUUUAAGCUUGAUUGGGGUGAACUGGAACAUUGUCUAAUGUAUUUGUGGCUUUAGAGCUUUUGUUAUAUUGUGCCUACAAAGCAAAUUAUGUUUACAUAAAAAAUAUAAAUAAAGUAUUCAG